CGAUGAGAAUAGUAGAACUUUGAGCACUCGAAUAGGGCAGAAAUCAAAAGGUAAAGAUUGAAGCUCCUUCUUCAGUUCUUCCCCAUCGCUUGAUCGCUAUCUAGAGACCAGAAAUCGAAUGGGCAGAUAUUGAAGCUCCUUCAGAUAUUGAGAACAGAAAUUGAAGAGUCUUAAAACACUGAUACAUGUGGCUUGAAAGUAUUAUCUUUUCUUGGAAAAUUUAACGAAGAAAGAGAGAACAGUAUCAUUCCAGGUGGAUUGUGAUGUUGCAGUUACCCCAAUUGUCCCCUCAGAUGAUGACGGAGAGGAAGAGACUGGAUCCGGAGUGACGAUCUUUGCGGAAUGAAGGACAUAGUCAUUUAAAUGAGAGGGACGACGACGCAUGCGAGGCGGAAGGGGUGGAGGUAUAGGCGGUGGAGAAGUGGUCUCCACCGGAGAAGACACGGCGCUGUCGUCGUCUGAUGAAGAGAUGGGGGAACUGGCGGGACUGGACGAAGAAGAGGACGGGGACGGAGACUGUGACACUGCCGGCUGGUGGGUGGGGACUGGUACGGCAGUCGGGGCUGGAGACACUGCCGGAACCUAGGGUUUUGGGUCGGCAGGGGUGACGGA